AUGAAUUGGUACGAUGUAAAUACUACAGAUAAUAGAAAUAAUGUGAGUCCCAACAAUCUUCCCAGCAGUAAUAGCAACAAGUUCCCACCCACUCCGACCAAAUCCCGACUAAAUUUCAAUCACAUAAAGCAUUUGUAUCCCGAUAAGCCACCUCAGAUUACACAUAGCGACAAUAACAGUUACGAAAGCCUACUAGCUCCACCUAAUGCAAAUCGUCAUCCAAGUUUGUCUGUUGAUUCGAUUCCUUAUGAGAAUGGCGCAUCCGACGAGUACGAAUCCAGCAUCCCUUUGAGUUUAACAGCGCAAGAAUUAACAUUGGAAGAGUCAAAAACGUACAUGAGGUGGUAUAGUGAUAUACUAGCAAGAACUAAUAGCCGAACUAUUUCAAUAUGGGAUGUGUUUAGUUUUCUCACCAACUUUAAAAUUGCCGAUUCAACAAAAGAGCAAAUAACGCUGAUUUUCCACAAGAUUAGUCAAAGUAUUAAUAUUGGAGGCUUUUUUGCAUUGUUAAGGGUGAUUAGUCAUACUUUGAGAGGAGAAAAACCACUGAGAAAGUUGAUUAAAGUCGUGGCACCUGUACCUACUCCGCCUUCGAUUUUGUCAAAAAAGAGACUUAAUGACGAAGAGGAUAGUUCGAAUGAGGACCGAAGUGAUGGAGAAGGAGAUAAUGGGCCAGAUGGAAAACUGAAUAACGACACCAAACCAAUGGCCCCACUUGACAUUGAUAGUUUCACGCAGUUUCUACUAACCGGAGAGCGACCGGGUUCCAACUCAUCAUCAAAUUCCAACUCCAACUCCAACUCCAACUCACGCAAACGUAAAUCUAAAAAGGUUAAGUUUUCUGAUCAAGUCGAUGUUCACGAUGAUUCAAACUACUUGACACCAAUGGAAUCCCCACAACCAGUUUCACACAAUCCCUUGGAUUAUACAUUGCCCAUGGACCAAUUGCUCAAACAAAUGCAAAGUAGUCAGCCGCAAAACCCACAAGAACAAGAGGAGGAGAAGGAGGUUUUGAAAGAUGUCGAGAUUAACAAUUUUCAAAAUUUGAAUUCGGUUGAUACUGUUUCUGUUGGAGGCACGCCAGUACCACCAUCCAACUUUGGCAAUUCCAAUGGACAAAAUGACAACUUACUAAAGCCCAACAUGACGGGCCCAGCCCAAAUAUCAAAAAUGUUUUCUAGUCUUCAACCAGACUUUAACACGAAUGAACCUGAUUUGAAACCAUUAAGACCAAACGUAACAGGUCCAGCUGAUAUGGCGAGACUUUUUUCACCAUCAGCAGUUCAACAGAUGCAACAACCACAACAAUCACUAUCGCCACCACCGAUACCUCAACAGCAGCAGCAAUCGCAACAGCAACAGCAACAGCAACAACAGCCACAGGAAUUGCCAAAGAUAUCUCUUCUGGCUUUUACCUCACAAAUGACUGGUCCAGCCACGGAAAAUACAUUGCAAAAUACACUACAAAAUGGGAAGCCACCAGUACCACGUCACAGGUCAUAUUCAUCGCCAAUUCCAAAUAAACCUGCUCCACCCCCUCCUCCUCCCAGAAGAAGAAAUGCCAGUGGAAUGAGUGUGUCAUCUCCGCAGCCACCACAACUGCAACAGUCACAACAACAAUAUUAUUCACAACAGAACCAACAGCAACCACCAGCAUUGCCUCCAAAGAUCCCAAACACGUACGCUUCAGGUAAUUCCAAUAAUGAGUCAACCGCUAAUAUCCUAGACGACUUGAAAGCAUUACAAGAUGAAGUGGAUAAGAUACGGAACUUGACUGGCGGGUUUUGA